UUAGGUACAUAUAUUUAGGUUUUUUUUCCCCAUGUUUAUAAGUUACUCGAUAUUUCGAAUCUCAAGGCUUAUAGACGAUACGAUUGCUUUAUUACAUUGUGAUAUAUUGAUUUAUUGGCAUUGAAGUGGCUUUAUUCAUUGACUGUGAUAAUAUAUAUUAAGGACUAAUACAGUUCAUUUACAUUUAUAAACUCUAACGAUAAGGAGCGCGUGUUGCCCGACAAAAAAUAGGUUACACGUUUAAAUAUAUUAUACUUCAUUAAUUAAAAAUCGCUAAUUGAUUGAUUUAAACGAUAUUUUACAUAAAUAUGGAUCAUGAAAAAUAUUACGACAAAAAAUCAGAUGGAAGCUAUGUUAUACAUUUUCUUAAUAAAAAGGGAUUAAAUUUGCAAGAGGUUAAUAAAAAGUUUUCUGUUUUUGGCAAAGUUUUAUCUGUGGAUGAUAAUGGAAAAGCUAAUGAAUUAUGUUUUAUAAAAUAUGGAACAGUUGAAGAUGCGAUAAAAUGCAUUGACGGCUUUAAAAAUGACAAAUCUAUCAAGAUUUUGCCACAUAUACAUAAAAUAAAUAAUACUAAUGGAAAGCGUUUGAGCCGUAAUAAUACUACAGGCAAAAUAUCACACAGUAGAAAAAAAAGAACAUCUAAUCAAGAUUCUUCUAAAUAUUGUUCUGAGAAAAGUAAUCUCAUUAGUAAUUUCUCACCAAUAAAACAGUUUCAAGACACAGAAACGGACUGCCAAUCCGGUGCUAAUAUAUCAAAAUCAUUAUCUAGCGAUAGCAACUUUAAUAAUGAUGCGGUAGAUGAUAAAGACAGCAUUGACCGUUCUCCUCCUAAACAAAUAUCAUCUUCAAAACAUAUUUCAAAAUAUAUAAACCUACAAAGAAUUGCAUCAAAUAGUUCAAUUUCAUUAGGAGUUACUAAUGGAAAUGUAAAAGAGUCGAAAAAAAUAUUUGAUGAAACAAAGAUUCCAGCUUUGAUGUCUAUUGAUGAAAAAUAUAUGCAAAAUGGUAAAAUCAUUCCAUCAUCCUCAAAAAUUAUUCCAGCAAAAGAAAUAAUCGUAGCUAAUGUCAAUCCAAAUUUAAGUAUACAUUAUAUAUUACAUCUUUUUAACAAGUUUAAUCCAAUAGCGGUAUCAUCUAUGAUGCUAAUACCAAAAACUGGUAUAUCAUACUGCUAUGUUUAUUAUGAAACAUACAGUGAAGCAUAUGCAACUAUGAAAGAAUUUGACAUGUAUCAUCUACAUGGAAGGAAGCUGAUUGUUUUAACAACAAGUGAAUUGAUGAAAGAGAUCUCUUUAUUAUAAAUAUAUUAUUUCUGUUGUGCAUAUAUUAUACAAUAAAGUAAAUAUGAA